ACAAAGUUAAUCAAAAGUAAAGCACAUCGUUCAUGAGCAGACCAAUUAGAUUAUUUAUUGUUAUUAUAAAAUGUGCAUGAAAUUGUUGUGCCGCUGCUGCUGCUGCUGCCAACAUAUAGAAAGCAAAAAGUAAAGCAAAUAAAGAAGAAGCAGAGGGCAGUUAAGGAGUGUGCCAUAAACAAAGUGCAAAGGCAAAGGUGAAACAGGAGAGCAAGAGACAGCUUAAACGAAGAGUCAUGCUGUGGACAGUGCAUCUGGAUGGCGGACCGCAACGCGUCAAUCAUGCCGCCGUAGGCGUGGGGGAUUAUAUCUACAGCUUUGGUGGCUACUGCACCGGCGAUGAUUAUCGUUUCAACGAGCCGAUCGAUGUGCAUGUGUUGAAUGUGCACUCGCUACGCUGGACACUGAUACCACUACAAUGUGACGAGGAAGGAGUUCCUUAUAAAUAUCCGUUGGUCCCUUUUCAACGCUAUGGACAUACUGUCGUCGCGUAUAAGGAGCGCAUCUAUAUCUGGGGCGGACGCAAUGAUGAACAUUUGUGCAAUGUACUUUACUGUUUUGAUCCGAAGACAGCCACCUGGAGUAGACCACCGACGAGUGGUAUUCUGCCUGGCGCUAGGGACGGACACUCGGCAUGUGUGAUUAACAACUGUAUGUAUAUAUUCGGCGGCUUUGUCGAUGAGAUCAAUGAGUUUAGCAGCGAUGUGCAUGUGCUCAAUCUGGAUACCAUGCAAUGGCGCUAUGAGCAAACCUUUGGUGUGCCGCCCACUUACAGAGAUUUCCAUGCUGCCGUUGCCUAUGAGGGGGAACGUAUGUACAUCUUUGGUGGGCGUGGCGAUAAGCAUAGUCCCUACCAUAGUCAGGAGGAAACCUACUGCCAUGAGAUUGUUUACUUAGACAUGAAAACCAAAGUCUGGCAUCGUCCUUGUACGGCCGGAAAAGUGCCUGUGGGUCGCCGUAGUCACAGCAUGUUUGUGCACAAUCAACUAAUCUUUGUCUUUGGCGGCUACAAUGGUCUACUCGAUGAGCAUUUCAAUGAUCUAUAUACGUUUGAUCCGCGCACCAAACUUUGGAAUCUGGUGCGUGCACAAGGACAAGCGCCGAGCGCUCGACGACGCCAGUGCGCUAUUGUUAUGGGCACACGCAUGUUUCUAUUUGGUGGCACCAGUCCACGUCCACUAAUUCCCUAUAAUCCCUUAUCAAUGGCCGAAGCGGUCGCUGCCACUGCGGCCGCUGUGGCCGCUAGUGCGCUAAUAGAUUAUAGCGAUCUGCAUGUGCUUGAUUUUGAGCCUACACUUAAAAUCUUGGCCACCAUGGUGGUGCUGAAGCAUCAACUGGAUAUAUCGGGCCUGCCGCGCAGCUUUCGUGCCGACAUUAAUAUGCUGACGCAGCCAAACAGUAUUACCAGGAGCAAGAAUCAGGCCGGCUAGUCCGAUCGAUCUCUUCAGCCAUAUACACACCCCAGUAUAAAACAUGCAGUUUAUAAAACACUCGCCUAGACAACUAGCUUGUAGUCUGUUUAUACUAUACAUAUAAAUAUAUUAUUA